CUCUGCAUUUUGGGCGGGGAGGGGCGGUGCGAGGGAAGGACUAGCGCCCGGCCCCGCUCUUCCCGUGCUGCCUCCGCCCAGCCCGGGCUGGGACGGAGGGAUAGGGCGGGGGCCUGGGCUGCCCUGAGCCCCGCGCGCCCCCCUCGAGCCCGCGCGACCCCCGAGCCCCGGGUCUCAAGCGUUCCCCCUGCCCCCACACAAUGGAGGGGAAGGGGGCGCGGCCGGGGUGGGGAGGGCCCCAGGCCAAGGCAGCGAGGUCAGGAGGGAGGCUAGUGAGGACGGAGGGAGGAUGCGGUGACGAAUAGAGGGUCGCCCGCGCGCAGCCCCUCCUGGGCUGUCCCGUUCUUCCGAGUUCCCUGUCCCUGUCAGCCUCCCUGAUAGAUCAGCUUCUGGGGGCAGGACCCCCAGUGUUCGCUGCAGAGUGACAGACACAUCGUAGGUGCUCAAUAAAUGUGUGAUUAAACGAGCCGGGAUAAGGGUUGGUGGUGGAGAUGGCAGGGAAGGGAUGCAGCUGGCGCUGAUGCUCGGAGGUCUCCAGGGAUGGAGAGUGGCCUGGCUGGCGAUGGCACAGGAGCCGGGCUGGUGAUGAAGGUCAAGCAGGAGAAGCCGGAGUGGCUGCUGCAGACGCUGGUGCCGCAGGCCAUGCUUGCGGAGAAGGACAAGGAGAACAUCUUCCAGCAGCACCCGGGCCUCCCUCCACGCCAGACCUUGGGGUGGUCUCGAGCCCUAGGGGCACAGGAGGAGUCUGGGAGUCCCAGGUGGGCCCCUCCGGCUGAGCAGGAUGCGGGGCUGGCAGGCCGGGCUCCCGGGGCAGCCUCUGGCCCUCUGAGCCCCGCGCUUUCCGCCAGUGAGGGUCAUUUCGUGUGCCUGGACUGCGGGAAGAGGUUCAGCUGGUGGUCGUCCCUGAAGAUCCACCAGCGCACCCACACCGGGGAGAAGCCGUACCUCUGCGGCAAGUGCGGCAAGAGCUUCAGCCAGAAGCCAAACCUGGCGCGCCACCAGCGGCACCACACGGGCGAGCGGCCCUUCUGCUGCCCCGAGUGCGCGCGGCGCUUCAGCCAGAAGCAGCACCUGCUCAAGCACCAGAAAACCCACUCCCGGCCCGCCACCCACUCGUGCCCCGAGUGCGAGCGCUGCUUCCGCCACCAGGUGGGCCUCCGCAUCCACCAGCGCGCGCAUGCCCGGGACCGCCAGGGUACUCGCGCCGGCCUGCACGAGCUGCUCCGGGAUGCGGCGUCGCACCGGGCCUGUCGCCUGCGGCCUGGGCCGCCGCGGGGGCGCCCCGAGUGGGCCUGGCUAGGACUCUGCCAGGGCUGGUGGGGCCAGCCCGGGGCCGGGACUGCGGUCUCCCGCCCCUCAGGGCCGGGCGAGCCGCGCCAGUUCAUUUGCAACGAAUGUGGCAAGAGCUUCACCUGGUGGUCGUCACUGAACAUCCACCAGCGCAUCCACACGGGGGAGCGGCCCUAUGCGUGCCCAGAGUGCGGCCGCUGCUUCAGCCAGAAGCCCAACCUGACGCGGCACCUGCGCAACCACACCGGCGAGCGCCCGCACCCCUGCCCGCACUGCGGCCGCGGCUUCCGCCAGAAGCAGCACCUGCUCAAGCACCUGCGCACGCACCUGCCGGGCGCCCAGGCAGCGCCCUGCCCCAGCUGUGGUAAGAGCUGCCGCAGCCGCGCAGCGCUGCGCGCCCACCAGCGCGCCCAUGCCACCGCCCAGCCCGCCGUCCCAGCCGGGGAAAUGGGCGACCAGCCGCAAGCCGAGGUCAUCCCGGGCUUAGCCACGCAGCCGCGGAGCCCCCAACGGCCCCCGGGAGCCCGGGACGCACUGUGGGGCCGGGGACGCGCAGCCCUGGCUGGGCCUGGCGAGCCGCGCCAGUUCAUCUGCAAUGAGUGCGGCAAGAGCUUCUCGUGGUGGUCGGCGCUCACCAUCCACCAGCGCAUCCACACGGGCGAGCGGCCCUACCCGUGCCCCGAGUGCGGCCGCCGCUUCAGCCAGAAGCCCAACCUGACGCGGCACCGGCGUAACCACACGGGCGAGCGGCCCUAUCUGUGUCCCGCCUGCGGCCGUGGCUUCAGCCAGAAGCAGCACCUGGUCAAGCACCAGCGCGUGCACCGCGCGGCCCCUGCGCCCAGCGCCAAGGAAGAGGCGCGCUAGUGGGCAGGACCCCCGCGGACCGGUGGUGGUGGUGGUGGCGGGGGAUGCCACAGCGGGACUGGUGAAUUCCUCAAAGCUCUCAAGGCCUCAGAACAGUUCCAGAAGCAUCCCAAAGGGUGCCGGGAAAGGUCCAGUGUGGGUUGAAGGAGGAGGGAAGAUCCGAGUUUCCCACUGCAGGCCUGGAUAUGACCACCCUCUUCAGAGGUUGGACCUCAGGCUUCAAGCACCGAGUGAAGGUUCUGUUGGGAACACGGGGAGAGGCUCCUGGUGUGAAGUGGCUCGGGUCUGGACUGGUCAGCUGUGGCACCGCCCCACCCAGGCUGCAGGAUGGCCGGGGGUUGCCCCUGUGGGAGAAUCGCCACAGACUCGGUGAUACCAAGGAUGGAAGCCAGAGGCCGUGGCAAGGGAGAGCCAAGCAUAUUCCCAGCACCAGGGCCAGUGCUGGCACGUCGUAGGCAUCCAAUAAAUAUUUUUGGAAGGA